AUGGCUACUACUGAAGGCGGCAACUCCGCCUUCCGGAACUACAACAACGAGUUCGCCAACGUGGAGGAUCCCAGAGAGCGCCGUCGUCAGGCUCUGGCCGAGAUCGACAAUGCCAAGUUCGGCUGGCACCACGUCCGCGCCGUUGUCGUUGCCGGGGUGGGUUUCUUCACGGACUCCUACGAUAUCUUUGCCAUCAACCUGGCCUCCAGCAUGCUGGGGGUUGUCUUCUGGCAGGACGCCAAGUCCAGCCCCGGCAAGAUCCCCUCGAGCGCCGAUACUGCCAUCAAGGUGUCUACCUCUGGUGGUACGGUGAUUGGACAGCUGUUUUUUGGUUGGCUUGCGGAUCGCAUCGGUCGUAAGCGCAUGUACGGUAUUGAAUUGAUGAUCAUCAUCAUGGCCACUCUGGCUCAGGCUCUCUCCUCCGACUCUCGUGCUAUUUCCAUCGUUGGUAUUCUCAUCUUCUGGCGUGUCAUCAUGGGGAUUGGUAUCGGUGGUGACUAUCCUCUGUCUUCUAUCAUUACUUCUGAGUUUGCUACCACGAAGUGGAGAGGUGCCAUGAUGGGUUCCGUCUUUGCCAUGCAGGGUUUCGGUCAAUUCGCGGCGGCCAUCAUGGCUCUGAUUGUUACUGCCGGCUUCAAGGAAUCUCUGGAGACAGCCAGCUCCGUGGGCAAGUGCUCCGGUGUCUGCCAGCUCGCCGUCGACAAGAUGUGGCGUGUGGUGAUCGGUUUUGGUGCCGUCCCUGCCUGCAUCGCCCUCUACUACCGUCUCACCAUCCCCGAAACCCCCCGCUACACUUUUGAUGUUGCCCGUGACAUUGUCAAGGCCGACGAGGACGUGCGUGCCUACAUGGCCGGCAAGCACGAGGGUCACCCCGACGAGAUGCGCCGCCAGUCCGUCCUCCAGAACCAUACCGGUGACGUUGUCGCCCCCAAGGCCAGCUGGGCUGAUUUCUGGCGCCACUACUCGCAGUGGAAGAACGGAAGGAUUCUGCUGGGUACUGCUGGGUCUUGGUUCUUCCUCGAUGUUG